UCCCGAUGCCCGGCAUUCGGUUGCUAACGAUCGUCCGUACCGGGUCGCGAAACGCAGCUCACCCGGCUUAGUAGAAGGAACAAGCUUCGCUUUCCGCUCGCACUAGUGCGGAUUACCAGCUAAAAAGCUUCUUCCUCCAAAGAUCCCAUUAUCGUAAGACGAUAGCCGAUGGGGGAGCACGUGUUUUUGUAUGUUGAAACGUGUUGAUUGUUCCAAUUCUUGUAGUGAACCCAAAAAUCCUGCACAACCGUUUGUGUUUUCGUUCCGAAGUUUCGUCUUCUCAAGUGUUUCGUGAAGGCCACGCGGUUCGCGACAUCGGAAACCUUUAGGGGGUUUAUCUAACGCACUACCUACCUAUCGUGACCUUGGGCACUCCCGACUACCCGCACGACCAUGUCCGGUGAGGAAGCAAAUGGUAAACCGGUGGGGGCGCCCCCGAUGAGCCCGACCGGUCGCAUUCUGCCCGCCGACAGCUACACCAGCACCGAUCCGUCCAAACCCGUGAAGCUGCGCAUCACCAAGGAGGGUCUGGCCUCGCUCGAUCCCCUGUCGGUACCGGAUCUGAUGAACCGAACCGUGCGUGACCAUCCCGACCAUCCCGCCAUGGUGUACCAGGAUUCGCAGAAAAAGUGGCAAACCGUCACGUAUCGCGAGUACCGCGAACGGGUCUACCAUAUGGCCAAGGUGUUUGUCAAGCUGGGCCUUGAACCGCACCACACCGUCGCCGUACUGGCCUUCAACAGUCCCGAGUGGUUCGUGUCCGAACUGGCGGCCAUCCAUGCCGGUGGCAUCAUCACCGGUGUGUACACGACCAACUCGGCCGAAUCGGUGCAACACGUGCUGGAAAGUUCCCGCGCCCAGAUCGUGGUGGUCGACGAUGCCAAGCAGAUGGAAAAAGUGCACUCGAUCCGCGCGAAUCUGCCACUCCUGAAAGCGGUCAUUCAAACGAUGCCACCGUACGCACCGUACGUGAAGCGCGACGAUGGUUACUAUCGCUGGUCGGAACUGGUGGAAAUGAACGUGGACGAUGUGGAGGAAGAGUUCAACAAUCGCUUAGCCAAUAUUGCCAUCAAUCAGUGCUGCUGCCUGGUGUACACGUCCGGUACGGUCGGUAAUCCGAAGGGAGUGAUGCUGAGCCACGAUAGCCUUACCUGGGACUCGUACUCGAUCGGCAAGCGGUUGUACCAGAUCCGGUACGCCGAAGAGGUUCUGGUAUCAUUUCUUCCACUCAGUCACGUUGCGGCACAGAUGGUUGAUAUUUUCCUGACGCUACAAUUCGCCUGUACCGUCUACUUUGCUGAUAAGGACGCCAUGAAAGGGACGCUGCUGAACACACUGCAGGAAGCGAAACCGACGCGUAUGCUGGCUGUACCGCGAGUGUACGAGAAGAUUCAGGAGAAGAUGCUGUCCGUCGGUGCACAGAGCACUGCCUUGCGCAAGAUGGUGGCCGGCUGGGCGAAGAGCGUUACCCUGCAGCAUCACUUGAACGCGAUGGAAGGCAAGCCGACCAACUCCUGGCAGUAUCGCUUGGUGCGCAACUAUCUACUGUCGAAGGUGAAGGAUGCGCUUGGGUUUUCGCGUUGCCUGACGCUUGCGACGGCCGCCGCACCGAUGGACCGUGAGACGAAGAAGUACUUCAUGAGCCUCGAUCUGCCGAUCAACGAAGCGUUCGGUAUGUCGGAAUCAUCUGGUGCCCAUUCGCUGACCGCCCCGGAUAGCUAUAACUUUGACACGAUCGGCAAGGCGCUCGCUGGGUGCGAGACGAAGAUUGAUAAACCGGACGAGCGGGGUCACGGUGAAAUUUGUAUGCGCGGACGCCACAUCCUGAUGGGCUACAUCGGCGAGGAAGCGAAAACGCAGGAUGCCGUCGAUGAGGAUGGUUGGUUGCACUCCGGUGAUGUCGGAUAUAUCGAUGAGGCCGGGUUCAUCUACAUCACCGGACGUAUCAAGGAACUGAUUAUCACUGCCGGUGGUGAGAACAUACCGCCGGUUCACGUGGAGAAUCUCGUCAAGAAUGAGCUUCCGUUCGUGAGCAACGCAUUUCUGGUCGGUGAUAAGCGCAAGUUCCUGACCAUGCUAAUUACGCUCAAGACGCAGAUGAACCUCGACACCGGCGCACCGAAGGACGAGCUAACACCGGAUACGAUCACUGCUCUCAAGGAGUUCGGCGCGGAGUACAGCAAGCUGAGCGAAAUCCAUGCCGCUGGUCCUUGUCCGAAGGUGCUCAAAGCUAUCCAGGAGGGAAUCGACCGGGCGAACCUGAAGGCCAUCUCGAACGCACAAAAGAUUCAAAAGUUCGCCCUGCUCAAGGAAGAUUUCUCUGUUCCUGGGGGUGAGCUAGGUCCUACGUUGAAGGUGAAGCGCAAUAUUGUAGCGGAGAAGAAUAAGGAAAUUAUCGAGAAGUUCUACUAAGUUACCACACUCACCCCCGACUGCGUUUCCCACAAUUCGUUAGCUUACUGAUAGUUUUUGUGAAAAUUCUACACCCACAAACGGAAGGUGUGAUUUAUGUUUUUUUUUCUUUUUUCUUUCGCUACCGGCGGAAACUAUUAUUAACCUACUGUUUCUGCUCAUGGAGAUCGAUGGGACAAGAUGUGACACUAUUAAGAUUAGAGAGCAGUGGUAGCGCCACCGUGCAGCCGCCCCUGAAUGCCAAAUGCAGUGCGAACUCCUUCGGUCGGUCGGAAUGCACGAUACCAUAAGGCUACUGCAGCGCGGUAUACUUGCAACAGUAGUACGACGGACGCCUGCGACUAGUUAUAGACUUGUUUGUUGAACCUGUGCCUUGAAAGACUUCCUGGUGUCCUGGUGAUGAGGGGCGUUAAAGGGAAGAAUGAUUGUUGGUUUGUCUGUUCGGUCGUUAUGUUUUUCGAUUGUAGUUUGGUGAUAUUGUUGUUCGUGAGUGUGUAAGGCUAAGCGACAUUCCUUCACCGACCCAGGCGCGUUGUUGGCAAACCGGAAGUAACGACAAUGCGGAGACACAUUUCAGUCAGCGUUAUCUUGCCAUACUGCAUUUAGUCAUUCCUGUCCUCAACGGCACCCAGUUACACGCAAAACGCGGUUGUAAAUAUAUAGAUACGUGAAUGUUCUGGUGCCUUCGCAAAACAAAAUCAAACAAACCAAUUCAAAAGGAUUUAUAAGAAUAAAAUCAAACGAAAACUUUCUAUAAAAAAAGGAAAAUGGAAUGGAUGUUCCAAUUUAUCAACACCAACC